GCAGGCGGGUACACAUCAGGGCAGGCAAACCGAGUGGCUUGCGUUCGCGUCCGCGUCGUCGUCGUUCAGUCGGGUAGGCGCGUUUGUACGGCGUCGGUCUUCGGCUUAAAGAGAUUCUCGCCGCGUAUGUUGAACGUACGUCGGACCGUACGUGUGACGUGUGUUUCUGUUUUGAAAAAAAAAAGAAAGAGGAAAAAGGUGGAAAAAAAAGUAGAAAUAAGAGGAAGAGAAGGAAUACGUAGAGAGGAGAAGGUAGGCCAUGAUAUUAGUGCGUGUAGAUGAUGGUGUACUAUAAUAGUGUAUGUUCGAACCCGGUGAACAACUCUGCGAUCAUACGGUAACGAAGAAACUGUGUGUGUUAUUUCUCUCAUUAUACGAGAGUAACGAGGAGGAAGAAGAGAAGAAGAAGAAGAAGAAGAAGAGGAGGAAGAGGAAGAAGAAAAGGACGAAGCAACGAAAACAUCGCUGACGCUUAACAAGGACGCCUCUAUCGAGGAAAGUUUGUAUAGUGAGAACUUAACGGAAAAAAGGAAAAUAUAAAAGCUAUGUGGAAGACGAAGACAAAACGAAGCAGCAAUGCUGCCUCGAGUAGUUUUGGGGCCUGGGCGAGGCCCUGGCAUCUUCUACCACUUAUUCUUCUUCUCUAUGGAGCUCUCGCCGAUGCAACGAGAUUGAGACACUCAAGGCACCUGGACGUGAAAUCGCUGUUUCUAAACGAGGAAGAGGAAUUAGUGAUACAACAGCAAGGAAAGAAUCACAAUCACAAGCCUAUGUUCACCAAUUGUUCGAUGUAUGCCGCUGUAGUAAAGGAAGAAGAACCAGCAGGUACAGUGGUCAUUCAAGUACAUGCCGAGGAUCAAGACCCACCGGACGAAGGAGGUACAAUCACGUACGCUCUUGUCACGGCUCACAACGAAAGAUUGAAGUUCGAAAUCAAUAAUAAGACAGGAUUGAUCAGGACAACUCAAAUCUUAGACAGGGACGAACCGGCACGUGAAAAGGAGGUUUAUCUUACAGUUCUUGCUACAGAUAAUGGAAUGCCUCAGCUUGAUGACGGUUGUACUUUCAAGGUUACGAUCGAAGACGUCAAUGAUAACCAACCAGUGUUCGACAAAGUGGUCUACCGUGGAUAUGUGUGGAAGGCAUACAAGGAAUCGGUACCACAGGAUUUACCAUUGAAUCGUGAAGUCAUGAGAGUAUCUGCGACCGACAUAGACGACGGUAACAAUUCUGUCGUUCGCUACAGCCUUUCCUCGAGCAAAUCUGAAGACCGUGUAUAUUUCAGGAUCGAUCGUAAUACCGGUGUCAUAUAUCUCAACAAAAUCAUAGACAAAAAUCCAGAUUACACGUUUUCUAUGACGGCCGCCGCUAAAGACCAAGGUGAAAAUCCAAAAUCAAGUAUUAUCAGUUUAGAUAUUCGUGUUGUCGAAUCGCACAAAAAGGCACCUGCUUUCCUACCAAGGCCUAUGGAACCGAUCAAACUUUUGGAGAAUUUCAGUGAUUUUGGUGCUAGCAUCGUACGACUCCAGGCUGUCUCGAACAUCGAUGACAAUCCGGAUCUUCAAUUCGUUCUUGUUACUGGUAAAACGGAACAGACCAACAAGGAUAGCACGUUUCGUCUUGAGUCAACGAAGAACACAGCUGACAUUAAAUUAACGAAGCAUUUAGACUAUGAAAGUAACAAGGUAUACUCGUUGAUAGUUCGAGCGUGGAAUAAUUAUGACUUGGCCGCUGAAACGGUGAUAGACAUAGAUGUUCUUGAUGUGAACGACAAUGUACCGGCCUUUCGAGAGCUCACAAAGGGUAGUGUUCUUGAAAGUGAACCACCUGGAGUUCCUGUUAUGCAAGUAAAGGCCAUAGAUGCCGAUGGUACCGCGGCACACAAUAAGGUCACCUACGAGCUAAACGAUUUUAAGGACCUAUUCGCCAUUGACAAACAUACCGGGAAUAUAACUACUCGAACUACAUUCGAUCGGGAGGCUCAAAGUACUUACAGCGUUUGGAUUACCGCGACUGAUAAUUCACCGAGCGCCUUAUACAACACCGGAGAACACAACAAAGUGCAGCAAUUGUUUCGUAUUGAGAUUGCUGAUAAAAACGACAAUGCGCCACAUUUUACGCAAGCCGUUUACACUGCCAAUGCUAUUUUAGAAAACGCAAAUAUAAACUCUGUAGUUAUUGAGGUAAAAGCUUUAGAUGCUGAUACCGCAAGUCCCGUUACGUACAGCAUCAUUCAGGGUAAUACCAAUGAUAGCUUUUACAUAGAAAGUACUACAGGAAAGAUUCGUGUUAACAAUCCGUUGGAUUAUGAAAAAAUCACGGAAUAUAAUCUAACCGUGAGAGCAUUCGAUGGCGUUUUCAACGAUACCGCGAACGUUAAAAUCUUCAUUGAAAAUGUGAACGACAAUCCUCCUGUUUUCGAAGAUUUCGAUACGAAUCCAACCAUCGAAGAAGAAAAAUUGGUCGAUGGCUGCAUCACGACCGUAGUCGCCUAUGAUCCAGAUAUAAAGGAUAGAAACGCGGAUCAACACAUAGCCUAUUUUAUUCUAAAAGAUGAUCAGAAACCCCUGCUAAGUAUCAACAAAUCUGGUUGUAUUACCUUGAAGAAACCACUCGAUCGAGACCCACCUUUUGGUUAUCCCGUAUGGACGGUGAUGGUAAUGGCACGUGACGAAGAUGACUCGCCAACAGCUUUACGAGAAUUAGCUACCGUAAACAUAACUUUAAUCGACAUAAACGACAACGCUCCCUAUCUCGACAUGACGUACGUAGUCUGGGGUGAAAAUAAACUACCCGACAAAAUAACAGAGUUGAAGGCUCGGGACAGGGAUUCCGAUGACAAUGGACCGCCAUUUAAGUUUUGGAUCGACGAGACCGCAGACAAAGAGAUUUUAUCUAAAUUUGACAUCCGUGACAAGGACCUUUAUGCGAAGGUUACCUUCGAUCGCGAGGAAAGGAAAAGUUAUAACAUUCCGAUAGCUAUAAUGGACAGUGGAAAACCACCGAUGACAGGAACUUCGACAUUGACAGUCAUUAUUGGCGAUGAGAAUGACAAUCGUAUGGAAGAGGGUUCGAGUUCAAUUUUCGUUUACGUUUACAAAGGUGAUGCACCGGAUACAAAAAUUGGACGAGUUUAUGUCAAGGAUUCAGACGAUUGGGAUUUACCUGAUAAACACUUUACUUGGGCUUCGACACAAGAAGGUUUUGAUUUAGAUGAAAAUACCGGCAUGAUAACUCUAUUGUCUGGUACCUCGAACGAUACCUUCCAUAUGAAAUUUCUCGUAACAGAAGAAAGACUUCCUAAUAUUGCUCGUCAUCAAGUAUACGCUUACGUUAAUGUUACGGUAAAGGAAAUUCCUGAAGAAGCAGUGAUUAGGUCCGGAUCCGUACGUUUCACUGGUAUAACUGCGGAAGAGUUUGUCGAACCGGAUCAAAAUGGUGUCAGUAAAAAAGAUAUAUUCCAGGAAAAGAUAGCCAACAUGUUGAAUACAUCGAUAGACAACGUUGAUGUUUUCACCGUUCUUCAUUCUCCUUAUCACAACAAGACUUUCUUAGAUGUCAGAUUUUCAGCACAUGGUAGUCCUUAUUAUGCUCCUGAAAAAUUAAAUACCAUCUUAUCACAAAAUUCUGAACAUAUUGAACGUGCGAUGAAAGCAGAUAUAUUGAUGGUGAAUAUCGACGAGUGUCUCUACGAAAAAGUGCAUUGCAACAAUUCUUGUCGAAGUUUCUUAAACGCUAGUAACGUUCCUUAUCCAGUUUAUACGAACACCAGUUCCUUCGUUGGUGUCAGAGCUGUUAUUGAACCUCAAUGUACUUGUCAUGUCGCUGAACCUAUUGUCUGUUUAAAUGGUGGUACACCAUUAGCUGAUAGAUGCGAAUGUCCCCCAGGAUUGGAGGGUCCAAGAUGUGAAUUAUUAGGCAUAGGUUUCCACGGCGAUGGCUGGGCUGUAAUGCCACCUCCUGGUCAGGCCUGUGAUGACUCACACUUAGGCUUAGAAAUAACGCCAGAAAUCGAUAGUGGUCUGAUAUUUUAUUUUGGCCCAAUGAUAUAUAGUCCAAAAUUAGGAGUUCAAGAUUUUAUGGCACUAGAAAUUGAUCAAGGUUACGCUGUUCUCUAUGUUGAUUAUGGUACGGGUACUAUUAGAUUAAAUCAAAGACAAAUUAAAUUAACCGACGGCAAGAGUCAUAGGAUUGAUGUUUAUUGGACCAAAACAUCAAUUGAAAUGAAAGUAGAUAAUUGCGGCAUAUCAGCUUGCAUGAGUUUGACUGCGCCAGAAGGUUCCAAUGAGUUCCUUAAUGUAAAUAGUCCGAUGCAAGUGGGCGGUACAUUAACGAAUCUAGCAUAUUUAGCAAAGAACUUGGGUUGGAAUCACAAACCUACUGAAAAAGGUUUUGUUGGUUGCAUACGAAAUAUGACCAUAAAUGGAAAUACAUAUAAUUUAGGAAUGCCAGCGUUUUCAAGAAAUAUAGAUCCAGGUUGUGAUCAUGGUAUGGCAAAAGCUGUAUCGUUUGGCAUCGACACUAAUUUUUUAGUCGCAAUCCUAGUUUGCGUAGCGAUUUUAUUGAUAUUGCUGUUAGCGGUAGUAGUCCGCAGAAGAAAGACUGAUGACCUCUAUAAAGAUAUGGAUGAUAUAAGGGAUAACAUUAUUAAUUAUGAAGACGAAGGUGGCGGCGAGGUAGACACUGGCUACGACCUGAAUGUAUUAAGAGCUAUUUACGAUGCACCACCAAUUGAAUCUAAAAUAGCACCUGUUGGUCUUCAAGGCAGAGCUCCUGACGAGGUACCAGAUAUUUGUGGUUUCUUAGAUGGAAAGAAGGAAAGCUGCGAUAAAGAUCCCGACACGAAUCCGUUCGACGAUGUUAGGCAUUACGCUUACGAAGGAGAAGGAAAUUCUGACGGUUCCUUGUCGUCAUUAGCUUCAUGUACCGAUGACGGAGAUCUCAAUUUCAAUUAUUUAUCAAAUUUCGGACCAAGAUUUAGAAAACUCGCCGACAUGUACGGAGAAGAAUCUAGUGAUGAAGAAAGCGAUGGCGUCGGUGAACGUGAAAGUGAAAGCUGGUGUUGAACAGCGGACAACUUCGAUAGACUUUAAUAAAUACUUAACUCUUAACGCAGUCCAAUGUCAUGCUGGACAUAAUAGAUUCUUUUUCCAGUUCCAUUUAUGCUGUUAUGCCCAGUAUGACAUUAGUUUAACCCUUUGACUGCAGCGCAUUAUCGUACGAAAUCAUCAAUAUAUAUAUACGGUGCGAUAUUUGUAGAUCAGUCAUUAUGGUGACUGGCUAUUGCACAUCGUUCAGCUCAUUUAUUUAUCAUUCUCUAUGGACAGCGUAUAUAUAUAUACAUAUAUACGCCUUUCGUAGUCAAAGGGUUAAAGAAAAUCAUUCCUGAAUCACCUAAGCUCGAAGCAAAAACUGAAUUUCGUGUCUUUGGAAUGAACGAUUUUUUGUACCGAGAAAUUGAUUCGAAUUGACGUAAUAUAAAUGCAAUGACGUGGCUAUCAAAUAAAAGAUCUAAUCGUAACGUUGUUUCACUCACCGCAUAUCAUACGCAUUAAAACAAAUACACCUAUAAAAAAAAAAAACCUCUGAUAUUUCAUUAUCUAUUUAUUCAGUGAUCGUUGCUUCGAUAAUUUUCACGAUAAUAAAACGGAUCUGUUACUUGAUGGACCGAUAACAUCAAAUCGUGCCAAUUUCAAAUAUCAAUUUCUCGAUUCAAAAUGCAAUCUUUUCAGCGAUGGAAAUUCUUACUUCGGACUUUCAGCAAUUGCUGCUGAUUGUUAACGCUGGUACCGACAUUUCAGAAUGAAAUACGAAAUAGGUAAGCCUAAACGACUACAGGAAAAUCUAAAUAUAAUUUAUCGAAAUAAUUGUGUUGUAAAAUAGACUAAAUAUAUAAUUAUGUAGUUAUAAAUAGUAAUGUAUGUAUCUGUGUAUCGCGCGCAUUAGGAAUGUAAUUAUAUGAUUAUGUAAUGAUAUAUUUACUCGAUCUUAUAUUAAAAUUAUUUUUUUAAAUUAUAUUAAUUUUUUCCUAUAGUUGUUGUUAGCCUACCUAUUGUGUAUUUAUAUAUCUGUAUAUAAAUAUAUCUACAUUAUAAGUUGAUUCGAGCGUAAUAAAAAGCCUAUCAUUUCUUACAUACAUUCAUUAGCACGCAAUAAUUUUCGCACUUAUCUCUUGACGAUCGUCAUUUUUCAUCCUAUUUUUGUCAUUCUCCAUUCCAUAAAAUCGUUGUCGAAAAGCUAUAACAGAUUAAACAUUUCACAAAUAUAUUUAUAAAUCAUCGAGAUAAAAACCUCUUUGCUCUAACACAAAUGAUUUACGGAAAAAUUAACUGAAUACUGACUAUAUCUAGUAAGAUAGAUUUUUUUUUUUUUAAUUUAU